AUGACCACUUUCGAUGAUGCUAGACUUACAAAUAAUGGAAGGCUCAUUCACGUAAAUUUGUAUUGUCUUUACCAUGAGUUAUUACAGGGCUCCUGUCACACCUCAUUUUACCUAGUAUUACAUCUGAUACAUGUAUAUACUAUCAUAAAUAUCAAAACUGUGGAUGAGGAUAUAGCUGUGGAUGAGGAUAUAGCUGUGCAUGAGGAUAUUGCUGUGGAUGAGGAUAAAGCUGUAGAUGAUGAUAUAGCUGUGCAUGAGGAUAUAUCUGUGCAUGAGGAUAUUGCUGUGCAUGAGGAUAUUGCUGUAGAUGAGGAUAUAGCUGUGCAUGAGGAUAUUGCUGUAGAUGAGGAUAUAGCUGUGGAUGAGGAUAAAGCUGUAGAUGAUGAUAUAGCUGUGCAUGAGGAUAUUGCUGUAGAUGAGGAUAUAGCUGUGCAUGAGGAUAUAGCUGUGCAUGAGGAUAUUGCUGUAGAUGAGGAUAUAGCUGUGCAUGAGGAUAUUGCUGUAGAUGAUGAUAUAGCUGUGCAUGAGGAUAUAGCUGUGCAUGAGGAUAUUGCUGUAGAUGAUGAUAUAGCUGUGCAUGAGGAUAUUGCUGUAGAUGAUGAUAUAGCUGUGCAUGAGGAUAUUGCUGUAGAUGAGGAUAUAGCUGUGCAUGAGGAUAUUGCUGUGUAUGAGGAUAUAGCUGUGAAUGAGGAUAUAGCUGUGGAUGGGAAUAUUGCUGUGUAUGAGGAUAUUGCUGUGGAUGAGGAUAUAGCUGUGGGUGAGGAUAUUGCUGUAGAUGAUGAUAUAGCUGUAGAUGAGGAUAUAGCUGUAGAUGAGGAUAUAGCUGUGGAUGAGGAUAUAGCUGUGGAUGAGAAUAUUGCUGUGGAUGAGGAUAUUGCUGUGGAUGGGGAUAUAGCUGUGUAUGAGGAUAUUGCUGUGGAUGAGGAUAUAGCUGUGGAUGAGGAUAUAGCUGUGGAUGAGGAUAUUACUGUAGAUGACGAUAUAGCUGUGGAUGAGGAUAUAGCUGUAGAUGAGGAUAUAGCUGUGGAUGAGGAUAUAGCUUUGUAUGAGGAUAUUACUGUGUAUGAGGAUAUUGCUGUGUAUGAGGAUAUUGCUGUGUAUGAGGAUAUAGCUGUGGAUGAGAUGGGGAUAUUGCUGUAG